UGGCUUGGAAAAGCCCGUACUAGUUUGGUACAGAAAUCCGCUCCCAUCGACCAUCGUCCCCCGGCGGCGAACACCCCCUCUCUUCCCGGUGGCGGUGACGACAGCAAGAAAGCCGGCAUGAGCGUAUUCGGCGGCGAUAGCUGGGCGCGUGAAUCGCAGCAGCGCAAGCGCCGCCUGGACGACCUCAUGCUCCCUGCCGCGGCCACCUCCUCCUCAUCUUCCUCUCCGACCGCAUCUGGUUCCUUCAAGAGGCUCUCAAGCGGCAAGUUCGCCUGCCUCGUGUGCCCCCACCGCCCCGUCCUCGACUCCUCUCUCAUGCUCUCGAUGCACAUCAAAGGUUCACGUCACAUUGCAGCAGAAUCUAGGCUAAGGGAGAAAGAAUUAUCAAGGCAGCAAGAGAUUGGCCCUUUCUUCAGUACCUUCCGUUUCAAAGUACAGCAGUAGUCAACAUCCUAGUGUUAGGGCUGGUGAUAUGAAAGAAAAGCCAUUAAUUGAGCAGACUCGAAGGGCUAUUUUGGAAGCACAGUCAACCAGAUUCAACAACUUCAGUGCCACCAAGGAAUCUCAUGACUUGAAGAGGACGGGAAAUGCUUUGUACCGUUAUUCCCAGGUUGCUCAUACUGGUGUUCCAUUGGAAGAAUGUGCUGAAAAUACUGCGUCUGUUGAAUCUAAAAAUGUUGAAGGAGGGCCGUUUACAGGCGAUGAAACACCAAGGAAGGUGCUUUCAGAGUGGGAAGUAGAUAUUAAAAAACGCCAGGAGCAAGAACUCAGGUUCACCGCUUCAGGAUGGAAACGGGACUGCCAUGGAAAAUGGUACAAAGAUGAAGAUGUUGAAUUUGACUCGGAGGAAGAUGAUCCUAACAUCUUCCUCGGCUAGGCAUACAGGAAGACAUUCUGGAUGCUUUAGAAACACCAAAUUGUCGUUUAAAUUCCAGAUGAAAGCCAAUCAAACCCAAGACUGACACACAUCUUGGCGUCGACCAGCAUGAUUUCCUGGAUCAUGUCUAACAGAUAUAAUACCUGAUUCAAGUUAAGGUGUGCCAUUGCUGUUAUACUCUCCUUUCUCAUCAUUAUUGGCGUGAUACAAAAAAAAGCUGUAAUAUGUUGUGGGCUCACUGAACUGGAUGAUUGUUUUGUUCGAAGGACCAAAAAUGUGCAAUGGUACUCGAGAAACAAA